AUGUUCGUCAGCGGUGUUCAAGGACAGUACUCAUCCACCUCGGAUUCUGAGACAGACGACGAUGGAGAUCCAGAGAAGAUGCUCAGUCGUCGGCGAGAAGAAUGCGAACGCAAGGCAAGAAGGGGGGAAAUGGACCCCCGAUUGGAGUUUACUUUCCAACUCCUCAUCGACGCCACUGGACUUCCCAGAAGUGAAAUCAUGGAUCAUGUUUUCGAAGGAGAUAUGCUCGACGAAAUAAACCAGCUAUUUCUUCCUCACAUGAAAACCAAGCUGCUUUGGUUCUACCAAGAAGCAGAAGACAGCGAGGUUCAAGUACCUGUAGAUCCCAGCAAGCCAAGUACAAGCAGGCAACUACAGACUUGUGCGAGCAGAGGCAACUUAGCUCAGGCGCCACCACCAACCUUCAAAAAGAAGUUGUUUUUGACAGAUGGAAUCAGCGUUCCCCUUACUGGGAUAUGUAUAUACAUAUUCCGGACCAACAGCAGCAAGCAACUGCCAGAAGAAGGAUUUCAGAAG